CCUCUGCGGACCGUGGUACGAUGGCCCCCGCCCGCCUGCUCGCGCUGCUGCUGCUCCUCGUGGGCGUCCCCGCCGCCGCCGCCGAGUCGAUCCGAGAAACUGAGGUCAUCGACCCUCAAGACCUCCUGGAAGGCCGAUACUUUUCCGGAGACUUACCUGAUGACGAGGACAUCGGGGGGCCCGGGCAGGAAUCCAAUGACUUUGAGCUGUCUGGCUCUGGAGAUCUAGAUGACUCAGAGGGCAUCCGGAUCUUCCCAGAAGUGAUGCACCCCUUGGUCCCUAUAGAUAACCACAUCCCUGAGAAGACAGGGAGCGGAGUACCCACCGAACCCGAGGAACUGGAGGAGAAUGAAGUUAUCCCCAAGAGGUCGUCCCCUUUCGAUGGGGACGAGGAUGUGUCCAACAAGGUGUCUAUGUCUAGCACAGCCCAGGGCGGCAACAUCUUUGAGAGGACAGAGGUACUGGCAGCUCUGGUCGUGGGCGGUGUCGUGGGCAUCCUGUUUGCCGUCUUCCUCGUGCUGCUGCUGGUGUACCGCAUGAAGAAGAAGGAUGAGGGCAGCUACGACCUGGGCAAGAAACCCAUCUACAAAAAAGCCCCCACCAAUGAGUUCUACGCCUGAAGCUUCCCCCGGAGCACCUACUUGGACUUUAGGGGGAAGGGACGCUGAAGGAUUUUGAAGGGUGGCUGUUCGGGGAGGGGGAGGGCACCCCAGUCCUGAUCUAUCAGCAUCUCCCGCUCCGAUUACAGUUUCAGUGUCAGAAGAGACAUCACCUUCUACUGUU